GUCAAUUAGAUUAUGCCUUUUUCUCUGAUGCACAGAGAGUAAUUGCAACCUCAUUGUUUAUAAAUCUGGAUCCGGAAUUAAACAUUUAUGCAGUGAGCAGAGCUGCACCAAGUCUUCCACCCCUAAUGAAAAUUUAAUCAAGAUCUGAUAGCAGGGGCUUACAGCAAGCCCAGAGCACCAGUUGUAUGAGACCUGGCUAGUCAGUAGUGGGGAUUAGCACAUUGCAAACCGCCAUCUGUGCCAGCCAAAUCUCUCUGCACCAGCAAGUACCUCUCACCCCAAUUUUUAACGACUUCUUUCAAUUCAACUCCUUAGUUUAGAAAUGGACAAGGAGAUCUCCUCUGAGGAUCAUAGUUUCCAAGAGAUGGAAUUAGAUGACAUAGCCAGGAAAAUUUCAGAUCUUGAGAAGUGGAGGGAAAUCUUUUGUCAUCACAGGUUGGAAAUCAACAGUGCAACUCAUCAGGACCUACAAAAGAUUCUGUUUGGAAAUACUGUACAUGUCUUUAACCAUGAUUGGAAAAAGUCAUAUUUCAACUUUCAUGAAUCUUCUUCAGACCUAUCCUAUGCUUUGGAAAUAGGAAAGGGUGGGUCCAGAGCAAUCCAAAUGGCUGUCCAGGUGAACAUCCUUAAAUACCUUUUGUUUACUAGGAGUGAAAAAAGCAGUGACUUUUGCAGUUUAUGCAGAAUGAGCCAUCGAGAACAGAAAGAGGCCCUCUCAGCAGCUCUGGCAGAUACUCUGUGGAAAGCAGGAGAAAGACAAAAGCUCAUCAUCUGUGCCAUCUCAUCAGAAACUUGUUUUCCCUCUACCAGGGACUUCCAAGCAGAUGGCUUCACUGAGCGACUCCAGCUUUUUGAAUUUUUGGAAAAAGAUGAUGCCAAGAAAUUCAUCUAUGAUCAUUUACAAUGGUUCAAAGAGGAAGGAAGUCAUGGAGUUAUCUUAUUUCUUUACAGUCUGCUUUUCUCCAGAACAUUUGAAAGGCUCAAAAAGGACCUUGAUACCAGUUCAACUCAUCUGUUAGAGCCAAGUAGUGGAAAUUUGAUUUGCAGGCAGGCAGUUCUAAACCUCAUCUUAACAGGACGAGCCAGUCCCCAUGUCUUCAAUGGCUAUCACCAAGAAAGUUCUCAAGAUCUGCUGCAUGGAGUCCUGGCCCGCAGUGAUGUCGGCUAUUUACAAUGGAAGAAGAACAGUGGGGAGCAACAAAAGCUCUCACAGGUUGGAAGCAUGCUGAAGACUCCAAAAUUCCCCAUCUGGCUAUGUAAUAUCAAUGGAACAUAUAGCAUCCUUUUUAGUGAUAACAAGCUGCUCUUAUCUGACUGGAAGAUGGAGCAUCAAUUUGGUCUUUAUUUUUAUACUGGUCAUCCCUUCCAGAAAAAGGCAGCCUAUCUUACAGUAGAUACUCAUUCUCACCACUGGGAAGAAGUCCAGCAAAAUGAGAACUGUGUCCCAGAACGACCAGUGGAGAUGGUGAUAAGGACAAAAUGGAAGGGGGCUUCUGUGAAGUGGAAUGGAACUCUUCCAUUCUUGUAAAGAGAAAGAUUUGGUUUCUCUGAAGUAUUUGGGACUGGAGACCUAAUCCUUUCUUUCUAAUAUCCUUUCUUCCUUUA